AUCCCUCCGCCGCCAGCGCGUGGUCCCGGCCCCCUCCACCCGCGGUCUCGGCCGCGGCCAGCAGCCCCUGCCCCCCGGGGGACGCUGACGGCCGCCGGGCGCGCCGCCCUAGCACACGGACAGGGGGCGCUGCGCGCGGCCUGGGGCAACCCGGGCCCCAGGGGCAGGAAAGUGAGGGCCCAGGUCGGCCCGAGCGUGCAGGGGCCCCGGCUUCGCAGCGGCGGCCGUGGCCGCAAUAGCCGCUCCAGCAGCAGCGGGAGUGCGGGGUUUCACCGCGAAGCCGAUGGCGGCGGCGGCUCGGAUCCCUCGCUGACUUGCCGGUCCGCCCUCCUGCAUCGAGCGCCAUGUUACCGAGCCAGGCUGGGGCCGCGGCGGCUCUGGGCCGGGGCUCGGCCCUGGGGGGCAGCCUGAGCCGGACCCCGACGGGGCGGCCGGGCAGUGGAGGCGGCGGCGGGACUCGCGGGGCGAACGGGGGCCGGGUCCCCGGGAACGGCGCGGGGCUCGGAGCGGGCCGCCUGGAGCGGGAGGCUGUAGCGGCGGCGGCCAGCACCCCGGCGCCCACCGCGGGGGCCCUCUACAGCGGCAGCGAGGGCGACUCCGAGUCCGGCGAGGACGAGGAGCUGGGCGCCGAGCGGCGCGGCCUGAAGCGGAGCUUGAGCGAGAUGGAGCUCGGUGUGGUGGUCGGUGGGCCCGAGGCGUCGGCGGCGGCUGCCGGGGGCUACGGGCCGGUGAGCGGCGGGGUGAGCGGAGCCAAGCCGGGUAAGAAGACCCGGGGCCGCGUGAAGAUCAAGAUGGAGUUCAUCGACAACAAGCUGCGGCGUUACACGACCUUCAGCAAGAGGAAGACCGGCAUCAUGAAGAAGGCCUAUGAACUGUCCACGCUGACAGGGACACAGGUGCUGUUGCUGGUGGCCAGUGAGACAGGCCAUGUGUAUACCUUUGCCACCCGCAAACUGCAGCCCAUGAUCACCAGUGAGACCGGCAAGGCACUGAUUCAGACCUGCCUCAACUCGCCAGACUCUCCACCCCGUUCAGACCCCACCACAGACCAGAGAAUGAGUGCCACUGGCUUUGAAGAGCCAGAUCUCACCUACCAGGUGUCGGAGUCUGACAGCAGUGGGGAGACCAAGGACACACUGAAGCCAGCGUUCACAGUCACCAACCUGCCAGGUACCACCUCCACCAUCCAAACAGCACCCAGCACCUCUACCACCAUGCAAGUCAGCAGCGGCCCCUCCUUCCCCAUCACCAACUACCUGGCACCAGUGUCUGCUAGUGUCAGCCCCAGCGCUGUCAGCAGUGCCAACGGGACUGUGCUGAAGAGUACGGGCAGUGGCCCUGUCUCCUCCGGGGGCCUUAUGCAGCUGCCUACCAGCUUCACCCUCAUGCCUGGUGGGGCAGUGGCCCAGCAGGUCCCCGUGCAGGCCAUUCAGGUGCACCAAGCCCCACAGCAAACGUCUCCCUCUCGUGACAGCAGCACAGACCUCACGCAGACCUCCUCCAGCGGGACAGUGACGUUGCCCGCCACCAUCAUGACGUCGUCAGUACCCACAACUGUGGGUGGCCACAUGAUGUACCCUAGUCCCCAUGCAGUGAUGUAUGCCCCCACCUCGGGCCUGGCUGAUGGCAGCCUCACCGUGCUCAAUGCCUUCUCCCAGGCACCAUCCACCAUGCAGGUGUCCCACAGCCAGGUCCAGGAGCAAGGUGGUGUCCCCCAGGUGUUCCUGACAGCACCAUCUGGGACGGUGCAGAUCCCUGUUUCUGCAGUUCAGCUUCACCAGAUGGCUGUGAUAGGGCAGCAAGCUGGGAGCAGCAGCAACCUCACCGAGCUACAGGUGGUGAACCUGGAUGCCACCCACAGCACCAAGAGUGAAUGAUCCGCCCGCCGCCCUGGACAGAUGGCCCAAGGGAUGGCACCACUUAUUUAUUGUUGCCUUUUCACGUUUUCUUUACACACAUGUUGACGGGCCGCAGGAGGGAGGCGGGGAGAAGAAGUGGGCAGCCACAGGACUAUGCCCUCUCACUCCAGCCAAAGAAAUGGGCCUGCCUGCCCUCCACCUAUCUUCCCUCACCCUCCUCUCCUUCCUGCCCCACCUAUCAUUGCUGUUGAUGGUGGGGCUGUCCUCCCUCAGACUCCCCUUGCCAGCUUGGCUCAAUGUUUGCCAUGAGUAUUAGCUUACCCAAUGGGACUGUGCCCCACCUUCCCACUCAUGGGCCUUCUGUGGGACUGGGCACUGUGUUCUCCCCCUGGGGAAGUGGUUGGGACCCUCUCUCCAGCCUCUUUGCUGACCCCAGGUUAGCGCUAUGUCUGCCACAGGCUGGGUCAAAAGAGCACUGCCCCCAUCCCUCAGGGAGCCAGCUGGGGAGAUGGGGGCUUUUUCCCUCAUGCCGCUGCCCUCUGCCCCAUCAGCUCCUGAGUAGCAGCUGGGCCUGUGCACUGGGCAGGUAGCUGGGGCCACCUGCCUUGCCUUGCCGCUCCUAUGAACCUCCUGGGGCUCUUGGGUUGGAGGGAACUAUCAGCGUUCUCUUCUUCCCCCUUGUCUUCCCCCACCCCCCAGCUGCUUUACUUAAAAGUUGAUUUUGAACUUUUUAUUUGAGGAGACGAAGUGAAAACAAAUCUAUAAAUAUAUAUUUUUAAAAUA